AUGGUGAUGGAGCAGGACUGGACGGUGACGGUGGGAACGGCGGCAGCACCCGCGCCUGCGGAGGAGGAGGAGGAGGAGCCUUGGAGGCCACCGUCGCCGCAGCCCUCGCCGCCCCGUGUGCGGGGCAUCGUCCACAAGCUCCCAGCUUGCCUGCAGGAGGAGGUGGAGGAGGAGGAGGAGGAGGAGGAGGAGGAGGAGGAUAAGCAGGUGUCCAACCAGCCGGUGGCUCGCGCUUGUGUCGGGACUGCGUCCGAGGUUAGGGUGGUCACUUCGGCGCCGGGAAAAGUAAUUCUGUUCGGGGAGCACGCGGUGGUGUACGGGAAGACCGCAGUUGGGGCGGCGGUGUCGGACCUUCGCGUCGUCGUAACGGCGAGCACCACAGUAGAGCCUGAGCUGGUGCUAGAGCUGCCCGAUCUUGACGUGAGCUUCCGGAGGACAACGCCAGAGUUGUCGGACGCGUUCGGCUUCUCCCUAGCGGUCGCCCCCGGAGCAAAGCCGACGCCUCCCGACCAGGCCCACCUGGACCUAAUCUCCGCCUUCUUGAGCGACGAAGGGCGGUCGAAGGACGGGAAGAAGGCUCUCGUGUCGCUUGUGUUCCUGGCGCUCGCGAUAGUCCCCGAGAUUUUCCUCGGAAAAGCUGGGGCCGGGGCCCGGGGGCUAUCCUUGAGGGCGUUUAGCGCUUCCCUCCCGGUAGGGGCGGGCCUGGGGUCUUCGGCCGCUCUCUGCGUGGCCACGUCGGCUGCCCUCACGCGACUCGCAGACAUCAUCUCAAGAGCGGCGGUGGAGGGCGGGGGGGAACGGGGGGGGGGCGGUUCGCGGCGACCGUCGGGUUCCGAGCUCGAGCGGAUCAACGCGUGGGCGUUCGCCGGGGAGACGGUGCUGCACGGGACCCCGUCGGGGCUCGACAACACGGUCAGCUGCUACGGCGGGGCGAUAAAGUUCGUGAAGGGCAUGGAUGGCGCCGCGAACACGACGGAGCCCAUCCCCGGCUUCCCGCCGCUGCCGAUCCUCCUGACCAACACCCUGGUGCCCAAGAACACGGGGGCCCUGGUUGCGGGCGUGCGCCGCCUGCUGGAGGCCCACCGGCCCGCCACCACCGCCACCUUCGACGCCAUCGGCGCCAUAGCCGCCGAGUUUCUCGACCGCGCCGCCGCUUCGGUUCCCGCGGCUACGCCGGUGGCGGCGGCGGAGUGCGGCGACGGAGCGGCGGCGCCUGCAGCACCUGCGCAGCCGCUGACGGCGGAGUGCGUCGGGGAGCUCGCCGAGAUGAACCACCGGCUGCUUUGCGCGCUCGGGGUGGGGCACCCGGCGCUGGAGCGGGUGUGCGAGGUCGCGAGCGCGCACGGGUGCAGGAGCAAGCUGACGGGGGCCGGAGGCGGAGGCUGCGCCGUAACGAUCCUCUCGGGCGAAGACCUCUGCAAGGCGUCCCUGGUGGAAGCGAUGCUCGGCGAGGGCUUCAAGUGCUACGAGACUUCGAUCGGAGGGGACGGGGUGUUGUUCCACGGGGACGCCGUUCCCCCGCCGUUUGUUGCUGCGGCGGCGGCGGCGGCGGCGGCGACAGCCCCAGCAGCGGUUGCUAGGGGCGGCGAUGGGCUAGAGAUAGAAGCAGGGUGGAGCAUGUUUUUAGGUCAGGUUCUUGCGGGGGAUCGGGAAGGGACCGGGUUGGGAGUGGCGGCGGCGGCGGCGGCGGUGGUGAUCGCCGCUGCCGUCCCCGUUGUCUUGGGGUGGAGAGGCUUGCGGUACUACUAAAAUAGGAGGUCGGCCCAACGUUGGUCGGCCGUGGUUUUCCGGCAGACACUAGUCGGAGCAGCGUGCGUAUGUGUGUCUUUUAUUAGUAGCAUCGACCGCGCUCACCAGCUGACAAUAAAUGAAAAUACGUCAGUCUGUCUCAUCACUAAAUAGUGUGUGUGCUGUAUCGCCCCCUUGCUUGUUUUGUGGUCUGCUGAAGGGUCUGUCUUGUUGUUGUUUGAGACAUUGUGAGGCUUGCUUGCCUCCGUCAAGAGGUUCGGUCAACGAAGGCAGUGUUUUGUUUACGAUAUGUAGGUUAUGGUGUAUUUUUUAAGAAAAAGAAGGCGUUUCGGGCGGUGUUUGGCGCGCUUUUCGUCUCGUCGUCGUGUGCUUGUUACUUGCGCUCACUCUUUUUCUUUUCUUUCAGGAAAAGUGGGAGCGAGGCCUUGCAGAAUUUGGCUUUUGGGAGUAUUUGCCACCGCGUUGUCGGCUUGUCACUCUCUCAGAAGUGGUACAGACGUUUGGGACGCGGCGGGUUGUCAUUCUUUCUUCUCGUUCGUUGCAGUUUGCGAAUGCACCAUUACCAGCUAGGCAGAGCGUAUGCGGAACGGUAGGUGAUACAAGGGCCGCGCUGGCAGUGUACAGUACAUAGUGAAAAGGGCAGACAACCCGAAAAAAAGAAAAAAGACUAAAAAAAAAACGUUACAUUGUGUCGUGUCUUGAGCGCUGCUGCUGUCACUCAAGACGGUUUGGAGGGGCGAGCGGGGUUGCUUACGUCAUUUGCAACCGCCGCGUCGCUUGACCCGGCAAGUCAGCUCUGGAUGAAGGCUGCUUGUUUCCGCAUUACCGUAGUCAAUGAGAGAAGAGCGGUGAGGGGGGGUGGGGGGGGGCGUACUCUUAUGUUUUGCAUGCCUUAGCGGUUAGACCGUUGACCACGUGUCCUCGAGAGGACGGGGCAUUGUUCCCACAGGACCGAUCACCGAUGGCCAAUCGUU